UGAUUCAUCUAUAUACUGAAUAAUUGUAUACAGCAAUAUCUGUGGGUGCAUGGCCAGCUUCACAUGUUCAUCACAAUUGCCACUGGAGUGCGUAGGUUGAUGCCCACAGAAGCUCUGUGACAGUAACAGGUUCUUCUGUUCAUCUAUGAAUACAAUUUGUUGGUGUUUGUAUGCUGAUUUAUCUCCUCUAUGAAACUAAAAGCUCCAGUAUUCCAGGGGGUGGCUCCUACAUACUAAUAUGUCUGAUAGGAAUGAGACACAAGUCAUUUAUUUACUUCUUCAAGGAUUUGGCAACCUUCACAGCUUCAAUAUGUUUUUCUUUGUUAUAUUCCUCAUCAUUUUCACUUCAUCUUUAAUUGGAAACCUUCUUAUCAUUGUAUUAGUUUCAACCAGCCGGCCCCUUCAUGCCCCGAUGUACUUCUUUCUGUGCCACCUCUCUGUGUCCGACAUCAUUCUGUCAUGGAAUAUUGUUCCCAUCUUGCUCUGUACCAUGCUGGGUGGCGCCCAACGGGUGUCUCUUCCAGGCUGCAUUGUGCAAUUCUCAGUAUUUAGUGCCAUAACAAUUACAGAAUGUCUCCUACUUCUGGUGAUGUCGUAUGACCGAUACCUUGCUAUCUGUUAUCCUCUGCGUUAUGCUUCUGUUAUGGACUUCAGGACUUGUACCCAUUUGGCAGCAUGGCCGUGGGUGCUUGGAUUUUCAAUACAGUUGUGUGGAAUUGUCCCAAUAACCCACCUGCGGUUCUGCCACAACAAUUUCAUUGACCAUUUUUACUGUGAUCUUUCACCCCUUCGAAGACUUGCGUGCUCUGACACCUCGAUUGUAGCGUUAAUAGUGUUUGUUUUUGCCAUCCCUGUAUUUGUGCUUCCGUGCUGCUUAAUCGUCAUGUCUUAUAUUUAUAUUUUUAUUACCAUACUCAGAAUCCCAUCCACAAGAGGAAAGCAGAAAGCGUUCUCAACCUGCAGUUCCCAUCUGAUUGUGGUGGCCACUUUUUAUGGUACACUGAUCACUAAAUAUAUGCUCCCCUCCCAGGGCCAUUCAUUGCUUAUAGAGAAGGUAAUAUCUCUAUGGCACACGGUGCUGACCCCAUUAUUUAACCCAGUCAUAUACACUCUUAGGAACAAAGAUAUCAAAACAGCAGCCAGGACUCUAUGUAGAAAGUACUGCACAUGAGAUCAGGGCUUGCUUGGUCACUGUAGAUUCCCAGUGAAAACCAAGAAACCCAGUUUCUGACAACAGCUGUGAGCUAAUGAUAGCUCAUACACAGCCAGGCAUGGACUGGGAUCCAAAAUAGACAAAGACCCAAACUGCCCCUGCCAGCCUGUCUAUGGCACCUUACAGCAGCCCCUCUGGCAUU